ACAGCGUCAUCGCUAGCAUGCCUCCAUCUCGGAGAUGCAAAUGAGAAGCACCCAGACAGCCUGGGCUGGCCCGUGGGGAGCAACGAGUGCAGCAGUCAUAUGGGGGACAGUCCUGGGACCUUCGACCACUCUGCAGGUCCUGUGAUGAUGAUGAUGUCACCUCCUGGCCAAUCACAACAGCAUGCAAAAGUACCUGCAACGGGAACCCCUGAGCCUCCUCCAGCACAAGAGCUCUUGGAGCCUGAGAUGGGCCAAAGGGACGGUGAGGUUCUGUCUCACACCCUGAUGGCGUUCCUGCAGGACGUUGCAUCCCCCGUCAAUCCUGAAGCUGUAUUUUCUGCUUUGACAACCAACGUCAAGGAGAGAGCCCAUCCACCUAAGAGCGACACAACAAAAGCGAUGGCAGGCUGUGACUCCAGCGCCAGUGACCCCCAGCUAUCUGAUGCCGAGUGGUACUGGGGCGACAUUUCAAGAGAGGAAGCCAAUGAGAUGAUGAGAGACACUCCUGACGGCACGUUCCUGGUGCGAGAUGCUUCCAGUAAGCUUAAAGGAGAAUACACGCUCACGCUCAGGAAAGAGGGCAACAACAGACUGAUCAGGAUCUUCCAGCGAGGGGGGAAGUACGGCUUCUCCGAGCCACUGGCCUUCCCCUCUGUGGUGGAGCUGAUCCAGUAUUACCACAACGAGUCGCUGGCCCAGUACAACUCCAGACUGGACACGCGGCUGCUCUACCCGCUCUCCAGACACCAGCAGCUUGGACAGCAGGUUGUGAUAGAAGACGACAUCGAUGCAGUUGGAGAGCAGCUGAAGAUUUACCAGGAUCAAUACCAAGAGAAGAGCAGAGAGUACGAACUUCUCUUCAAAGAGUUUACACAAAACUCCCAGGAACUGCAGAGCAAGCGGACUGCUAUUGAGGCGUUCAGUGAAACCAUCCGGAUCUUUGAGGAGCAGUGUGAAACUCAGGAGCGUUACAGCAAGGAAUACAUCGACAUGUUCCUCACACCGGACAGCAACACAGAGAUUGACAAGAUCCAAAAUAAGUCGGACGAGCUCCAGUCACGUGUAGAGGAGAUCCACAACAGCAAGAGGAGGCUGGAGGAGGAGCUGACGAGGCAGGCGCUGGCCAACAUGGAGGUCGACAGGAAGAUGAACAGCCUGAAACCCGACCUCGUCCAGCUCAAGAAGAUCAGGGAUCAAUAUCUGCUGUGGCUCACCCAACAAGGCACGCGACAGAGCCGGAUAAAUGACUGGAUGGGCGUCAGGAGCGAAGAUGAAGACCCGUACACUCUGGCGGAUGAUGCCCACCAGGAGGAGAGGAGCUGGUAUGUUGGUGGCAUGAGGAGGAAGGAAGCGGAGGAGCUACUGAGGGGGAGGAGGGACGGGACCUUCCUCAUCAGAGACAGCCAGACUCAGAGAGGCUCCUUCGCCUGCUCAGUGGUUGUGGACGGGGAUGUAAAACACUGUGUGAUCUACAGGACGUCCACAGGCUACGGCUUUGCUGAACCCUACAACCUCUACUCGUCUCUAAGAGAGCUGGUCCUGCACUACCGGCACACUUCCCUGAUCCAACACAACCAGCAGCUGAAUGUAACUCUGGCCUGGCCCGCUCUCAGCCAGCAGCCCAGCUGAGACACACCAGCACACCACCCUGACCAGGCAUUCCCAAAGCUUUACUCUACUAGCACUGAAGACACACCCAUGUGGAUACUAUGACUGAACCUCAGCUGCAGGCCAGGCUCACAGUACUGAUCAGUGUUGUCACGAUACCAGAAUUUUACCUCCAUAUCAACAGUAAGUUUAUUAUAUAAAAUAAAUAUGUUUAGUGCUUCAUUACUAUGGCAAAUGAAAAAAAAAAAUAUCACAGUUGGAUGUCCAUCCUUGCUGAGUCUCACUGAAAUAGUUCCGUGCUGUAUUUAGCUCCUCGCAUGAGUUUUAUCCCAGUUUCAUGCCUUUUUCACCAACA